AUGGCUUUUCUCCAACGUCUCGCUAUUAACCAUCGUGAGCUUUUAAAAGAUCCAGCUCCGUUUUGUCAUGCAGAACCUAAAGAUCCUGAAAAAGAUAUCACACAUUGGACUGGAUAUAUCGAUGGACCAGAACAAACACCGUAUGCUAACGGAAGAUUCUAUCUCACCAUCGAUUUUCCGUUAGAGUAUCCAUUCAAACCACCACAUAUUCGUUUUACAACACCUAUCUAUCAUCCAAAUAUUAGUGCCAAAGGUGAAAUUUGUUUAGAUAUUCUCCAUUCUAAAUGGUCUCCGGCGUUGAGUACGCGUGCUCUCUUGAUAUCACUAUGUUCAUUAUUAACCGAUCCAAAUCCUGAUCAUGGAUUGAAUCGAGAAGCAUUGAAAUGCUAUCAAACAGAUGAAAAACAAUAUCAAGAAAGAGUAAUAGAAUGGACACGAAAGUAUGCGCCAAAACAACGAAGUUUGAACUGA